UGCCUCCCCUCCCCGCCGCGCAGCCCGCGCCCCCUCCCCUUGGAUGAGGCUGAUCUGAGGCGCGCUAUCUGGAGACGCUGCAGGAUCCGCAGCCGCGAGCAUCACGGCGGUGAAGUCGGUGGCUUGACUUCGUCUGGAGGUCGCGGAGGCGAGGCUCUUCAAGUCUGCAAUUUUUAAAAAUGGCCUCCAAUAAAACUACCUUGCAAAAAAUGGGAAAGAAACAGAAUGGAAAGAGUAAAAAAGUUGAAGAGGCAGAGCCUGAAGAAUUUGUGGUAGAGAAAGUACUGGAUCGACGUGUAGUGAAUGGGAAGGUGGAGUAUUUCCUGAAGUGGAAGGGAUUUACAGAUGCUGAUAAUACUUGGGAACCUGAAGAAAAUUUAGAUUGUCCAGAGUUAAUUGAAGCAUUUCUUAAUUCUCAAAAAGCUGGUAAAGAAAAAGAUGGUACAAAAAGAAAAUCUUUAUCUGACAGUGAAUCUGAUGAUAGCAAAUCUAAGAAGAAAAGAGAUGCUGCUGAUAAACCAAGAGGCUUUGCCAGGGGUCUUGAUCCUGAACGAAUCAUUGGUGCCACAGACAGUAGUGGAGAAUUGAUGUUUCUCAUGAAAUGGAAGGAUUCAGAUGAGGCUGACUUGGUGCUGGCCAAAGAGGCAAAUAUGAAAUGUCCUCAGAUUGUAAUUGCUUUUUAUGAAGAGAGACUGACUUGGCAUUCUUGUCCAGAAGAUGAAGCUCAGUAAUUGUUGGCAAUUUUAUAUAUAUAUAUA